UCAAUCAAUAAAUCUAAAGGGUACAAUUUCAGACUUCUGUGAAGUGAAAAAAAAAAAACUAAAUUUGCUUCAAAAUUGGAUCGCCGUUUGCCGGAGCCUCCGCUAUUGGCAGUAUGGCGGCGUUGAAACUGUUCAUCGUCACCGUGUUUCUUUCCCUAUUCCUCGCCGGCAUCGGAGUUAACGCCGACGCCUCAUUAUCGGACGCCGAUGGAAAACCUAGAUCCGACGGCCCUGAUUCCGCCGUUUUAGAGCAGCUCAAGUCCAAGAUCCACACUCUCGAGAACCAUAUCGAGGAGAAAACUCGAGAAAUAAAGAAUAAAGACGAGGUGAUUGCAUCAAAGGAGAAGAUAAUAAAAGAGAAAUCGGAUGGCAUCGUGUCAUUGGAAAGUGAAAUUGCUUCUCUACAAAAAAAAGGAAAAUUAGAUGCCACAGAAAAGUUGGAACAGGCGUACGCCCGAGCUGAUGAAUUGGAAAAGAAGGUGGAGAAACUCAUAGAAGAUCUCAAUGUGAAAAUCAAGGAAAAGGAGCAACUGGAAGCCCGAGUGAUUGAAGCCGAGAAAAAGGCAUCUGAAAUGAGUUCUAAAGCGGAUAAACUUCAGAAGAUUAUUGAUGACCAGAAAACCAAGUUGCGUAAAACUGAACGAGCUCUUCAUAUUGCUGAGGAAGAAAUGAUGAAGUCAAAGUUUGAGGCGACUACCAAAGCCAAGGAGUUGAUGGAGGUUCAUGGUGCAUGGUUUCCGCAUUGGCUUGCAGUCCAUUGCACUCAUUAUCAGUCGGUUUUGGAGAAAAAAUGGGAAGCGCAUGGGAAGCCUGCUGUGGAGGUGUUGGUUCAAAAGGCUAUUGAGAAGAAGGCCCAAGCUGGAAAAUGGGCUGCACCUCAUGUGGAGACAGUGAAAACUAAAUGGGUCCCGGCCAUAAAGGAACAGUGGGUAGUGAUUGCUAGCAAUGUCGAACCGCAUGUGCAAAUGCUAACUACGAAAAGUAUCGAGGUUUAUGGAGCAUCUAAAGAUGCCUUAGCCCCACAUAUCACUAAAGUUGUUGUAUUUGUUGAUCCUUAUUUCCAGGAACUAAGGAAAGUCACCAAACCGUACAUUGACCAGGUGGCCACUGCAUCGAGACCUCAUGUCGAUAAAUUACACUCUGCUGUGAAACCCUACACACAGCACGCAGUUCAUGCAUAUGGGAAGUUUCUUGAAUCAGCUACAACAUACCAUCAUCAGGUUCAACACAAAGUCCAAGAGAAACUGAAGAGUCACGAGCUUACAAACCCUUUAGCAACGAAAGAGCUUGUUUGGUUUGCUGCGUCUGCGCUUCUGGCUUUGCCCGUCAUUUUUCUGAUUAAAAUAUUUUCGGCCAUCUUUUGUAAAAAGACGCAAAAGCGCACCCGAAACGGUAACCCUGGCCGCUCUCGCCGAAAAGUGAAGCAUGUACACCAUGCAGAGAAGUAAAAAAACAGCAGACAAAGGUUGAGCAACUAGUUUUGGUUUGUUUCUCGAGAAGAUUCUGUAGACGUACACGAAGUACAGUGUCGAUGGAUAUCGAAGCUAUAUUACAACCGUUCUUUUUGUAUGUAUACGAGGUAAUCGGAAUUAGGUUUUUUGUUGGAGUGGAUAAAGUUUUUAAAUGGGGUUUUUCAGGUAAUAUGUAUUGGCAUAGUCCUUAUCCAUGUAUAAUUUCUUCCCUUUUGUUUUUGGCCUUCAAUACCACAGAUUAAUGUCAUCUCUUUGACACUUUAUAAUUUCAUUUAUCGUUUUUUUCGUUUU